UGCUGUUUUUCUCUGUAAAGUAACCAUCUUUUUAGAACAUUGGGCUUUGGUUGACAUGGUUUGAAGCAAUUUUCCUCUGUUUGCAAUUUCUUCUGCGAUCGCUCUCUUGCCUUUUCAGUGAUGCUCCUCCUCUGUUUGCAAUUUUGCUUCUUCUUCUUCUUCUUCUUCUUCUUCUUCUUCUCCUUGUUGAAUUUUGUAUCUUUAUCUGUUGAAUACUACAAUUACUUCUUCUGUAUAACUUUUGUUUUCUUAAUCAUCAUUUUUCAGAUUAUAGAAAUCCGAUUUGUUCAUCACAGUCAUCGUUGAUUCGGUUGAACAAUGAACAUGAAGCAGAGUUGUUGAAAGGUAUGAGAUUAAUCGUACUAUGGAGUUGGAGUUGGAGUUGGAGUUUGAAUCAAGGUAUGAGAUUAAUCGUACUGCAGAGUUCAUUAUCAGCAAAAGCUUCACCAGAAUUGCUUUACAGUUUCCGGAUGAGUUGUUGAAGGAUUCAACUAAGGUGGGGAGUGCUCUUAAGAGCAAAACUCGUUUGCUUACUGACAGAGAAGUCAGGUUCUUUGUUAUGGCGGACACAACGUACGGUAGUUGCUGCAUUGAUGAAGUUGGAGCUUUGCAUUUUGACGCAGACUGUGUUGUUCAUUACGGUCAAACAUGUCUAAGCCCGACAUCGGUUCUUCCAGCAUUCUUCGUUUUCGGGAAAGCUUCGAUAAACGUCUCAAGCUGCGUUAAGCAUCUGAUCGAUUAUUCGUCUAAGAGCGAUAAGCCUAUUAUGAUUCUUUAUGGACUAGAAUACGCCCAUAUGAUUCCGCAUAUCCGAGAAGAAUUAGGAUUAGUGUCAAAGACUGAAUCUCUUCAGUUGAAGUUCUCUGUAGCCAAUGUCUUGUGUUCAUUUAUUAGUCCAUCCAAAGACCCUAGAGAAUCCAUGGAGCAUCCGAGACCAUAUAGUGAUAGCUCAUCUAGAAACUAUAGACUGGGAGGGCUAACUUGGGACUUGCCAGAAGGAAGCAAAAUCGAGGACUAUCUAGUUUUCUGGAUCGGUUCUGACAGUUCAGCUUUCGCCAAUGUAGUACUGACCUUCAAUGGUUGUGACAUAGUCAGAUAUGAUGCUGAAGAAGAUUCUUUGGUGACGGAAUUUUAUCAACAAAGAAGGAUACUUAAGCGACGAUAUUACUUGGUGGAAAAAGCCAAGGAUGCGAAUAUUGUAGGUAUUUUGGUAGGGACUCUUGGUGUUGCUGGUUACCUUCAUAUGAUUCACCAUAUGCAAGCACUCAUAUCUGCAGCUGGCAAAAACUCUUACAUUCUUGCCAUGGGACGACCUAAUCCGGCCAAACUCGCAAACUUCCCCGAGUGCGAUGUAUUCAUCUACGUCUCAUGUGCCCAAACCGCUCUUUUAGAUAGCAAAGAGUUCAUGUCCCCUGUCAUAACUCCGUUCGAAGCCAAUCUUGCUUUUAGCAGAGGGAGUGAAUGGACUGGUGCAUACCUAAUGCAAUUCCAAGACGUGAUCAACUCUGUAAAAUUAGAAUCAGAAGCACAUAGCGAAUCAGAGGAGCCACGGUUCUCCUUCUUUCAGGGUGGUUACGUAGAAGAUCACAAGACAAACGAUCAAGCUAAGAAUGGAGAAGAAGACACAGGAGAGACAAUGGCAUUGGCGCGACGAACUGCAGAGAAAGCAUUGCAAUUGAAAGGCAAUGAUCAUAACUUGCUCACUAAACAAACCACUGCAAAAUCAGGACCCGAGUAUUUCCUCAGCCGUGCUUAUCGCGGUUUGGAGAUAAAUAGUGAUAAUACUUCGCCGGAGCCUUACAUAGUCGGGAGAAGCGGGAAGGCGUCAGGAUACAAGCACGAGUAGCUACAUAUCCUACAAGUUUGCACUAACUCAUAGGGACACAUACAUUGUCUAGUUUUAUUCCCUAAUAUAUAUAGUAGUCUAAAUAUUGGAAAAAGUAGUGAUAAGAAAUGAGUGACUGUGGUGAAGAUAGCGGGAUUCGUACUACGACAUUAUACUUAAAUUUUUACAAAUGGCGACGACGACGUGUACCAUUCUCUA